AUGUAUUGGACUGUUCAUAUUGAUGGAGGUCCUAAAAGGGUUAAUCACGCGGCUGUUGCUAUUGAUGGAUUGAUUUAUUCAUUUGGAGGAUAUAGUAGUGGAGAACAUUAUGAUAAAAAUGAGAGUAUAGAUAUUCAUGUUCUUUGUUCAGAAACAUUUCGAUGGGAAAAAAUUAAAAAUCGUGAAUACAAUACCAAUGAUGAUUUACUAGCAUUAAAUCAAAGAACAUCACGUUAUGAGUAUGAUAGUAAUAUAUUUAAUAAUUAUCCAGUGCCUUAUCAACGUUAUGGUCAUACUGUUGUUGUUUGGAAUGGUAAAAUUUAUUUAUGGGGUGGUAGAAAUGAUGAUCAUGGGGCAUCAGAUCUUUUACAUUCUUAUGAUCCAUCAAAUAAUACUUGGGAGAUUGUUAAUGUACAUGGUAGGAUACCCCCUGCAAGAGAUGGACAUACUGCUGUAGUAUGGAAAGAUAAAAUGUAUAUAUUUGGGGGAUUUGAGGAGGAUCAUCAAAUUUUUUCACAAGAUGUUUUUGUAUUUGAUUUUAUUACUAAUGAAUGGGGUGAAGUAAAACCUACUGGUAAAAAACCUGCAUGGAGAGAUUUUCAUACAGCAAGUGUAAUUAAUGGUAAAAUGUAUAUAUUUGGUGGUAGAUGUGAUGAAAUGGGAAUGUUUAUUUCAAAUAAAGAUAUUUAUACUAAUGAAGUUUAUGUAUUAGAUUUGGAGGAAUAUAAUUGGAAAACAAUUUCUAAAAAAGGUGAUGGACCAAGUGGAAGGAGAAGUCAUAGUUCAUGGGUAUUUGAUAAUCGUAUGUACAUUUUUGGUGGUUAUUAUGGUCCAACAAAUUCUCAUUUUGAUGAUUUAUAUGAAUUUAAUCCAACAACAGAAUCAUGGAGGAAAAUAAAUGCUGUUGGAAGUGGUCCAUCUGCAAGGAGAAGACAAUGUUCUGUUGUAUAUAAUAAUAAAGUUUAUAUAUUUGGUGGUACAAUGCCAAAUUUAUCCUGGAAAGCGGCACAUAUUAAUUCUACGUUGACGGAUUUGUCUGAUUUACAUGUUUUAGAUUUUCAACCAACAUUAAAAACAAUUUCUCUUCAGAAUUUAGUUAAAAAUAGCCUUAAUGAUUUUUAUAUGGAACACUUGCCACUACAACUACGAAAUGAGAUGACAUUAAUGUUAAUGCCAAACUUGAUUUCGGGUAAUAUAAGAAAACAAGCUAAAGGAUAG